GUGGGAGCUGAACUACGUCAAAGAGCAGAGAGGAGAGGAGGGAGAGGAGAGGAGUCAUCCCAGCCCUCAGAGGAGCUGCAGAGGGAGAGGACUACUGCAGGUGGACAUGUUGGACCUGUGCGUAAAGACGCACUGACGGCGGAAUAAAAACCGUUUCUUUAUUAAUCUGUCUCUGCUGAGAGCAGCUAAAGAUGCUGCCGAGGAAAAGCAUCAUCCCGGAGGAGUUCGGUCUCCCGGGGCUCGCCUCCCGCAUGCCCCGUAAACCCGUCUUCAGAGACCGGGUGAACAAAGCCCGCUUCAUCGCCAAAAACGGCUCCUGUAACCUGGCGCACAAAAACAUCCGCGAGCAGGGCCGCUUCCUCCAGGACGUGUUCACCACGCUCGUGGACCUGAAAUGGCGCUUCACCAUGGUCAUCUUCACCACCACCUUCGUCAGCAGCUGGUUGCUCUUCGCCAUGAGCUGGUGGCUCGUCGCGUUUGCGCACGGAGACCUGGACACGGAUCGGCAGAACGGAGCCCUCUGCGUCACCGACGUCACGUCGUUCACCUCGGCCUUCCUGUUCUCCAUCGAGGUUCAGGUGACCAUCGGCUUCGGAGGACGGAUGAUAACGGAGCAGUGUCCCACCGCCAUCACCGUCCUCAUCAUGCAGAACAUCAUAGGACUCAUCAUCAACGCCGUCAUGCUCGGUUGCAUCUUCAUGAAGACGGCUCAGUCCAACCGUCGAGCGGAGACGCUGAUCUUCAGCCGCCACGCUGUGAUCGCCGUCAGAAACAACCGCCUGUGUUUUAUGAUUCGUAUCGGAGAUCUGAGGAAGAGCAUGAUCAUCGGAGCCACCGUCAGGCUGCAGGUGGUGAGGAAGACGACGACUCCAGAGGGCGAGGUGAUCCCCAUCCAUCAGAUCGACAUCCAAACAGAGAGCGCCAUGGCGAGUAACAGCCUGUUCCUCCUAGCCCCGCUCAUCAUCUGCCACGUCAUCGACAAGAACAGUCCGCUGUAUGACCUGUCAGCCAUGGAGCUGCAGUGCAGCGACCUCGAGGUGAUCGUCAUCCUGGAGGGCGUUGUAGAGACGACGGGGAUAACCACCCAGGCCCGGACCUCCUACGUCUCCGAGGAGAUCCAGUGGGGUCAUCGCUUCGUUCCCAUAGUAACAGAGGAGGAGGGCGUGUACUCUGUGGAUUACUCCAAGUUUGGGAACACGGUGAAGGUCACGACGCCGCUCUGCAGCGCUAGAGAACUAGACGAGAAGCCGUCCAUCCUCAUCCAGACACUGCAGAAGAGCGAGCUGUCACACCAGAACUCUCUAAGGAAGCGAAACUCGAUGAGACGCAACAACUCCAUGCGUAAAGGUGGAGGAAGCAGCGGCAGCCUUCGCAGGAACAACUCUGGGCUCAUUGCGCCCAAAGUCCAGUUCUUCACGCCAGCGGAGGGAGGCCAGAACAUGAACGCCGUCACCUGACAUGAGGCCUGCCUCCUGCUGGCCGCUCUGCUCCUCCUGGUGGGAAGGAGGAUCAUGGGUGUUGGAGUUUCUCCUGCUCUAAUGGGACUUAUUUUAUGUUUGUUUCCUGCCUUUUAAAGACUUUUACCAGCACUUUUUCUCAGUGAUCUAGUUCUUAAUUAUUGUCACUGUUAGAAGCAUUUCUCUGCACUGAUAGAGCCACCAAACACCUUAUUAGUGGGGAUGCUGAGUAAGCACCCAUGCCAUUGAUAUUUGUGUCGGCCAUUUUGUUUAUUAUUCUUCUUCCGUGUCCGCUAUCUCCUCCUUCAUACUUUGUCGUAUCUCCACCGUUUAAACUUUAAAAAACUGUUUCUUCGUCAUUCGACUGCUAUGACUUUUCUCAUUUCCAACUUUUAUAAUUUUUAAAAUAUAGCUAUUUUCAUGCUAUUUUCAGCUAUAUCUAUGCUUUUCAGCCACUGAAUGCUAUUUUCAGCUAUUUUAUGCUAUUUUAUGCUAUUUUCAGCUAUGUUAAGGCUACUUUCAGCUAUUCUUAAGCUAUUUAUAGCUAUUUUUAGGCUUUUUCAGCUUUUUUAGGCUAC